AUACGGAGGACAAAUAUCUGAUGCCCCAUACGCCAACUGGCUGAACCGUUGAAUCCAUAUUUGGCACACACGUCUUCAAUAUUCGCCUAGGUUGCGCAAGGCCGGAGAACGCUAUCAAGAUGCGAUUCCGAGGGUUGUGGCUUCUUACCAUUGGAACUCUCGGUGGUUUUAGCAGCGCAAAUCCUAUGCUUGAGGCGGCAGUGGCCGAAAGAGCAACAACUUUCACAAACCCUAUCCUGUGGGAGGAUUAUCCUGAUCUCGACGUCUUCCGCGUUGAGGAUGUUUUUUACUACUCUUCCUCGACCUUCGCAUUUUCGCCCGGCGCUCCUGUUCUUAAAUCCUACGACCUUGUGAAUUGGACUCCAGUUUCGCACAGCGUACCCACCCUUAAUUUCGGCAGCAAAUACAAUCUCAACAACGCCACCGAUCGAGCGUAUGUGAAAGGCAUCUGGGCAAGCAGCCUUCGAUACAGACAAUCCAACGAUCAAUUUUAUUGGGUCGGAUGUGUUGAGUCUAGUAAAACUUAUAUCUGGACCGCAGUUAGUAGCGGCGCGGGCCAGAACAGCGGCGAGGUGACCAAUUGGAACUGGAGUGCGAAAGCGACACUCAAUAAAUGCUACUACGACUGCGGCUUGCUCGUUGACGAUGAUGACACCAUGUAUGUGGCGUAUGGCAACAGCAAGAUCAUGGUGGCACAAUUGAACUCUGAUGGUUCGGCGGAGGUCAAAUCACAACAAGUCUACGUCGAUCCUGCCGGUGCCUAUAUCGAGGGUAGUCGAAUGUACAAGAUCAACGGCACCUACUAUAUCCUGGUCACGAAGCCGGCCAGCGCAGAAUGGGUGUUGAAGUCAAAGAGCCCUUGGGGACCGUACGAGAAGCAAGUUCUGGUAGACAGCAUUUCGGGGCCAUUGUCGAAUGCAGGUUAUAGCCACCAGGGCGGCAUUGUCAACACUAAAGAUAACAGAUGGUAUUACGUCGCCUUCAUGGACUCCUACCCAGGUGGACGAAUUCCCGUGGCCGCACCACUCACCUGGACAUCGGAUGGCUGGCCACAACUUGUUAAGGACGGUAGUGCUUGGGGAAAGACGUACCCACUGCCGGUACAGACGAGUAAGACUGUGCCCGCACCAGUCGGAAAAGAUGAUUUCCAGGGCACGUCGUUGAGCCAUGAGUGGGAGUGGAAUCAUAAUCCAGACACCACAAGGUUCAAGCUUCUUGGCGGCUCAAGAGGAUUGCAGCUCUCGACAGCGACUGUCACCAAUGAUUUGUUCACAGCGCGCAACACACUCACGCAUCGCAUCAUCGGACCCAAAUCAUCAGGAACAUUCAGGAUCGACGUUAGCAAUAUGGCCGACGGGGACCAUGCUGGCGCUGUUCUCUUCCGUGACGUUGCUGCGUAUAUUGGCAUUCAUAAGUCUAGCUCUUCAGCGCAACUCGUCUUCGUAAACAACCUGUCUCUUAACUCCGACUGGACGACGAAAUCCACGGGAACUGUUGCAGCGACGGGGCCCACGCUUGACUCUGCAGCGACCGACAUCUGGCUCCGGGUACAGGCAGAUAUCACUCCAGCUUUCUCAGGCACUACUGUGCAAAGGACGACGACGUUCCAUUACAGCACAGAUGGGAGCAAGUUCAUUCAGCUGGGUUCCGCAUUCCCCAUGACAAACUCGUAUACUUUCUUCACUGGGUAUCGUUAUGGUAUUUUUAACCAUGCUACUAAGUCUUUGGGUGGACAAAUCAAUGUGAAGAGUUUCACGAUGCAGCUGGUGUAGGAAGGGAAGCGGGUGUGUUGCUCUCAUUAAAA